AACAAAACAACCCGCCGAGCACUUUUGACAUUCAUUGCUUAAUCCGGGACCUCGACUCGGCGGCCCUUUCGUCCUGCCUCCAUCUGCCCAUCGCCCCGCCUUUCAAUUGCCAUAACAGCGAUGGCGUCCCAAGCCGACUUCCGCGACAGGCAGUUCUUGGCUGUGAUCGGAGACGAGGACUCUGUGACGGGAUUGCUCUUGGCAGGCAUUGGCCAUGUCACCGCACCGCCAGACAACCAGAAGAAUUUCCUGGUCGUCGAUGCCAAGACAGAUAAUGCUGCGAUCGAAGCGGCGUUCGAUAGGUUUACGACGGAGAGGAAGGACAUUGGGAUAGUCCUGAUCAACCAACACAUUGCCGACAGGAUACGGAACCGGAUUGAUACCUAUACUCAAGCAUUUCCUGCCGUUCUCGAGAUCCCGAGUAAGGACCACCCUUACGACCCGGAGAAGGAUAGCGUUCUGCGGCGAGUCCGCCGCCUGUUUGGCGAAUAAUCGAGCUUUGUUGCGGAAUACAGGGAAAUGGGGUUUGGAGAGAAGGGGUCAGCAUAUUACGAGCGUCGAGAAAAAUGGCAUCGGUGUAACCUUCCAUCUCCCAUUUUCGCGAGCCUGGAGCUCAGUACCUUCAAUUUGCUAUGGGGCAGAUGCAUAUGAGAACUAGCCAACGAGACUCCUGACCGGCGAACCUAUCAACCCUUUGCUCCCACAAACAUCGACUUAUGUACGCAUGCCAAGUUCAGUUGAACGCUAUGCCACCAACGUUCCGCAAUACCGUGAAGCAGCAGCAACUCGGCGACCUAAAGGUCGAACACUCCGCCCAGAGGCUUCCUGUUGAAAAACACAGUGGCAGUCAAGCAGGUGAUAUGCUCGUUAUCCUUAGUGUAGACAUCGGCCUGCACGGUAUAUUUGCCCUGAGAGUGUGUUAGUCCCAAGCUCUGCAACAAUGCUCAACGUUCGGGAGUGGCCGUACUGGAGGAAUCUCUUUCGGCAGGUCGACGGUCUUGGUGAUGGAAAUCUUGCCCUUCUCAAUCGGGCACUCGAGGUCGACAUUCUGGAUUUCCUUGCACAGGUCUGCCUGGGUGUUGAUCAGGCGGAUAUAGCCAUAUUUCACCU